AUGUCCCUUUCACAACGCGUUGUCAUCAUCGGUGCCGGCAUAGUCGGCACUAACCUUGCCGAUGAGCUGGUAUCUCGAGGGUGGACGGAUAUCACCGUCGUCGAGCAGGGACCGCUGAAUAUGCCUGGCGGGUCGACGUCACAUGCUCCUGGCUUGGUCUUCCAAACCAAUACCUCCAAAACCAUGACACACCUCGCACGCUACACAGUUGAGAAGCUUUUAUCGAUUGAGAGGGACGGACAAAAGUGCUUCAACCAGGUGGGUGGGCUCGAGGUUGCCACCACGCCGGCAAGAUUGGAGGAGCUCAAGCGUAAGCUUGGAUAUGCCUCGGCGUGGGGAAUUGAAGCUCGUCUGGUGAGCGCGGAGGAAUGUUUCAAGAUGUACCCUCAUCUGAACCGGGAUAUGGUGCUGGGUGGCUUGCACAUUCCCAGCGAUGGGCUUGCACUUGCAGCUCGCGCCACACAGCUCCUUAUUGAGCGUACGAGGCAGGCAGGCGUCAAGUACCUUGAGCAUACACCAGUCACCGGUAUCGAGCGCGCAGGUUCUAUUGUGACUGGAGUGACUACUCCCAGCGGAAGGAUUACGGCAGACAUCGUGGUCUCCUGUGCUGGCUUCUGGGGUGUGGAGCUAGGAGCCAUGGUUGGAGUGCAGAUUCCUUUGCUUCCACUAGCACACCAAUAUGCGAAGACAACCGCUGUUCCAGCUCUUGCUGAUCGUGAAAUCAACUCCCAGAUCAAUGGCCUGAAUGCUACCCUUCCAAUUCUCCGACACCAAGACCAGGACCUCUACUAUCGUGAGCAUGGUGAACAGUACGGCAUUGGAUACUACGGACACCGUCCUAUGCCCGUUGUUGCUUCAUCGCUGGGUCUCACACCAAAGACUGUCGACGAGCACAACAUGCCCUCUCGUCUCGAAUUUACAAAAGAAGACUUCGACCCAGCCUGGAAAGAAACUCAGUCCCUCCUUCCUAUCCUCCAAGAAACCGAGAUCGCUGACGGCUUUAACGGUGUAUUCUCAUUCACACCUGAUGGAGGUCCCAUUCUCGGGCAACCAGCUCACCUGGACGGUUUCUACGUAGCCGAAGCAGUGUGGGUCACGCAUUCAGCCGGUGUCGCCCGAGCUCUGGCCCAGAUCCUCACAACAGGCCACUCCGAUAUUGACGUCUCAGAAUGCGAGCUGUCCCGCUUCGAAGAGAUACAACUCAGUCCCGAAUACGUGAGUGAGACAUCGCAGCAGAACUUCGUUGAGAUUUAUGAUAUCCUUCACCCGCUCCAACCGCGCGAAUCUCCCCGCAUGCUCCGUGUCAGUCCAUUCCACGCACGCCAGCAAGAGCUCGGAGCUUUCUUCCUAGAGACUGGUGGCUGGGAGAGACCGUGGUGGUAUGAAGCGAACAAAGAUCUGGUCAAGGCUCUCCCCGCAUCAUGGAGAGCAGUCGAGAGAGAUGCUUGGUCGGCUCAGUUCCAUUCGUCCAUUUCUGCGGCCGAGGCCUGGAAGACACGGAAUGCAGUUGCCAUUUUUGAUAUGACCUCCUUCCAUCGAUUUGAGGUCUCGGGUCCUGGAGCUGCUCAAUUGCUCCAACGGUUGACCACCGGCGAUAUGACCGCCACCCCAGGCAGCGUUAUCUACACUCUUCUCCUCAACAGCAACGGUGGCAUCCGCGGUGAUAUCUUUGUGUCGAGAUUGGAAGAGGAUGUAUUCCAAAUAGGCGCGAACAGCGCCACCGAGCUAGCGUACCUCGAAAAGGAGGCUCGUCUCCAAGGCAAACACGCUAGCCAAUGGGUCAAAGUCCGCGAUAUCACAGGCAGCACAUGCUGUAUCGGUCUCUGGGGCCCACGCGCACGAGAAGUCAUCAGCGGAGUCAGUGCGGAUGAUUUCUCAAACAAAGGCCUGCCCUACUUCGGUGUAAAGAAGACCAAUCUCGCUGGGAUCCCAGUAAAAAUCAUUCGCAAGUCCCACGUCGGCGAGCUAGGCUGGGAAAUCCAAACUAGCGCUGAAUAUGGGCAGCGACUCUGGGAUACUAUCUGGCAAGCAGGUAAACUGCACGGUCUUAUUGCCGGCGGUCGUAGUGCGUUCAACUCGCUCAGAAUUGAAAAGGGGUAUCGUACCUACGGCACGGAUAUGACGACCGAACACAACCCUUUCGAAGCUGGAGUUGCAUACGCCAUCGACUUGAAAAAGAGAGGUGACUUCGUUGGAAAGGAGGCUAUCCAGCGUCUUUCCACACAAACUCCUACCCGCCGUCUCCGGCCGUUGACUAUUGAUGAUGGCCGCUCUGUGGUCUUGGGCAAGGAACCCGUCUUCUAUAACGGGAAGGCAGUUGGAUAUGUCACGAGCGCUGCAUUCGGGUAUACGAUUGGCCAACCUAUUGCUUAUGCUUGGCUUCCUGGUACUGUGAAUAAUGGCGAGAGUGUGGGGAUUCAAUAUUUCGGUAAGACGAUUCAGGCGACGGUCUCGGCGGAGGCGCUUUAUGAUCCCGAGAUGAGUCGUCUAACUCAGGAGGCCUCGCCUAUUUCGCCGGGAUCUCGGGGUGCCUUCAGGUCCAGACUUUGA